CAUGGAAAAAAUGGCAUUUUCUGCAUCUCUUGGAGCCAUAAAGAUUCUAAGCGCAUUGCCACAUGCAGUGGAGAUGGAUUCUGCAUUAUUCGCACAAUUGAUGGGAAAGUUUUGCACAAGUAUAAACACCCUGCGGCUGUAUUUGGAUGUGACUGGAGCCAAAACAACAAAGAUAUGAUUGCAACUGGAUGUGAGGAUAAAAAUGUAAGAGUGUAUUAUUUAGCCACCAGCUCUGAUCAGCCUCUGAAGGUUUUUACUGGACAUACAGCAAAGGUUUUCCAUGUUCGCUGGUCUCCCCUUCGAGAAGGAAUCCUCUGCAGUGGUUCAGAUGAUGGAACUGUGAGGAUCUGGGACUAUACACAAGAUGCUUGUAUAAAUGUUCUGAGUGGCCACACAGCUCCAGUCCGAGGAUUGAUGUGGAAUACAGAGAUCCCAUAUCUUUUAAUAUCUGGCAGCUGGGAUUACACUAUUCGAGUGUGGGAUACAAGGGACGGGACGUGUCUGGAUACUGUAUAUGACCAUGGGGCAGAUGUCUAUGGUUUAACCUGCCAUCCUAAUCGACCAUUUACUAUGGCAUCCUGCUCCCGGGACUCUACUGUUCGCCUCUGGUCUCUAACACCAUUGAUUUCACCCUUACAAAUAAAUAUCUUGGCAGACCGCCCUUGGGAAGAAAUUAUUGGUAAUACUGACCGUGCCAUGGAACCUGGUGCUCCACCGUUACUGUGCGGAAAAGUGUCCCGUGAUAUCAAACAAGAAGUAGACAAACUGACUGGAAAUCUCAGAGGGAAAAAAUUGAGAUGGUUUUCAGAAUGUCUCUCUCCUCCAGGAGGCAGUAAAAAUUUAUGGGACUUAGUAGCAGUGUUAAAAGGUCAAGAUGACAGCCUUCUCCCUCAGAACUACUGCAAAGGAAUUAUGCACAUGAAGCAUCUUGUCAGAUUUAAGACAUCUAAAGCCCAGGAGCUAACAACAGUGAAGAUGUCCAAGUUUGGUGGUGGCAUUGGUGCUCCAAGUAAAGAAGAGCGGCUAAAAGAAGCUGCAGAGAUCCAUUUAAGGCUUGGACAGAUCCAAAGAUAUUGUGAACUAUUAGUGGAACUUGGAGAGUGGGAUAAGGCACUAUCAGUGGCUCCCGGUGUUUCUAUGAAAUACUGGAAAAAAUUAAUGCAAAGAAGAGCAAGUCAGCUGAUUGAAGAGGAAAAUGACGAUGUAAUUCCCUACUGCAUAGCUACUGGUGAUGUGAAAAGACUUGUACAUUUCUUCACCUCCAGAGGGCAACUUAAAGAGGCUUUACUGGUGGCACAGGCAGCUUGUGAAGGCAACAUACAGUCUGAUCAUGUUUCAGUAACCACUGUAUCACCAACUGAAGGCAACAAUGUGGAAGAUUACACAGAGCUUCUGCAUCGAGUCAGUACAGAACUGGCAGAGUGGUAUUUCCAGGAUGGGCGGGCUGUACUUGCAGCAUGCUGUCACCUGGCAGUAGACAACAUUGAGCUGGCCAUGGCCAACCUCAUUCGUGGCAAUGAGCUGGAGCUGGCGGUAUGUGUCGGCACGGUCCUCGGAGAGAGUGCUGCUCGAGCAACUCAAUAUGCACUGGAACUGCUGGCAAGAAAAUGCAUGACAGUGACAACAUGGGAUUUGGCAGCAGAUCUCCUCAGAAUGAUACCUGAUAAUGAGCUCUUCUUAGUCAAGCUGUGCGCUUUCUACCCAGGAUGCACUGCAGAGAUUAACGACCUUCACGGCAAAUGUAACUUGCCGUGUGUGGAGGAGUGUGUACAGAUGGCAGAGACCUGUUAUGCAGACGGAGACAUCUUCCAAGCUGUCAAAUACUACUUGCUGAGUUCGGAACCAGAAAAGGCCCUGCCGAUUGGCAUCAGUUUUGUAAAAGAACAAAUCAGCAGCUCUGACUGGACCUUGGAUUCUAUUUGUCCAAUCCUCAAUCUUCUCAGUUACAUCAGAACGGAGAGAUUAGUACUUCAUAAAUGUAGUGAAGUACGCAAUGAGCUUCUCAUAGUUUGUGGAUACACUGGAGCUUUGCUAGCUAUUAGAAGGCAUUAUACCAGCAUUGUUCCUGCACUUUAUGAAUAUACAAGUCAGCUUUUGAAACGUCGGGAAGUGUCUGUUCCCUUACAGAUUGAGCAGCUCUCAGUGGAACUGGACGCAUGGAGAUCGUGUACCCUAUCCACUAACAAGUCAGGUGAUGAUCUUCCAUACACACCCCCUACAGAGCUACAAAAAAAGAUUUAUUCAAGUAUUGUGCAAAGAAUAAAAGAAGAACCUCUUAAAGGAUUAAUUGGGCCAGACUAUGUCACAGGAUCCAAUCUUCCAAGUCAUUCUGAUGUCCAUGUAUCCUGCUUAACAGGAUUACGGAUUCAGGGACCUGUAUUCUUCCUAGAAGAUGGCAAGUCUGCAAUAUCAUUGAAUGAUGCUUUAAUGUGGGCAAAGGUCAACCCAUUCUCACCUCUAGGAACAGGAAUAAGACUCAACCCAUUCUAACAAGCACAAAGAGGAGACAAGUACUUUACAGCAGGAUAACAUACCAGUGGGAAUAGGACUACAUGAUGCUGAAAUAAGACUUUCAUUUCUUUCUUUCUUUUCUCUGCGGACAAAGCAGAGAUUUCAUAUGCAGCUAAUUCCAGUUUGUGUUUGGUAAUGGUCAAGUCAAAUCUGUGUAUAUAGUCAGAGAGAGAGUUUGUAGUUUGACUAGCCAAAGACCAACAUUUCCUGUCAAUCUGUUUACACUUUACUUUAUGCAGAUUACCACAUCAUACAUCGCGGCGGUACUGAGUUUCUAUGUCACGUAAAAGUUGGUACCUUACGUCUGAACUCACUGCAAGCUCCUUCGUGGUUCCAUUAGCGCUGUACAUAGGCCAAGAAAUAAAGCUGUGAAAUUUAUGACCAUUUUUAAGUAAUGUAAAGAUUUAGCACACAACUUUGUACUGUAACUUCUACUGUGUGUAGUAUACCACUAAUUGUAAAAAUAUACAUGAAUGAAGACAGAUGGUUGAUCAUAUACAUCCCCUUCCAUGUAUUGUUUAUACAGAUGUUCUAUUUACAGAAUAA